CGGAUCAGUAAUGACCUCAAAGAUGCUGCAUUACGCAUGGUGAACAAAGGCUAUGCAACCACAGAAAUCCUCUCCAUUACACAAUUCUCAAAGUCAACUUUCUACCGCACUCAACGUCGUAAACGAGCCACUGGCAGUGUAGCUAAAAUCCAGGCAAUUGGAAGGGGCAGGCCUCGGGCUUUCAGCCAGCAUGAUAUCAAUUUUCUCAUUCGGCUUGCUCGUCACAACCCCACCUUAUUCCUCGAUGAAUACCAAAUGAGACUU